AUGUCUCGCCGCCCACCAGCCGAUCGGGCAGCACAGAACCAGCAGAUGAUAAAGAAUCUUCUGAAGCUGACCUGCAAUAAAACCUGCGCCGAUUGUAAACGGAAUAAGCAUCCAAGAUGGGCCAGCUGGAAUAUUGGCGUAUUUAUUUGCAUUCGAUGCUCGGGUAUCCAUCGAGGAAUGGGAACACAUAUCAGUCGCGUGAAAUCAGUGGAUCUCGAUUCCUGGACAGACGAGCAGUUACAAAGCAUUAUGAAAUGGGGAAACGCAAGGGCAAACAAAUACUGGGAAGAUAAGCUAAAUCCUGGACACGUACCAUCAGAAGCGAAAAUUGAGAAUUUCAUCCGAACGAAGUACGAGUCGAGACGAUGGGUGAUGGAUGGUCCGAUGCCCGAUCCCUCUACCCUUGAGGUGGAAGGUGAUGAGGACGUGCCUUUAGCGGUUAUCCAAGAGAAGGCCAAGUUGGAACGUUCUGCUUCCCAACAACAGCAAAGCUUUAACCGACCCCGACCCGGACAAGCGCGACCGCCGGCCGUGAAUUUCUUCGACGAUGAGCCAGCAAACCCACCGCCGAGACCGAGGACCACAGAUAUACCAGGAAGCAGACCAGCCGCUCAAGCUGCUGCUCCAAAACCCACUAAGCCGGCUGAUUCGUUGCUUGGAUUAGAUUUCUUCGGCCCCAGUCAACCAAGCGGGGGAUCUAACCGCCCCGCAAGUACUCCAAGUGGAAAUACCCCUACCUCAGGCCCCUCGAGACCAGAUCUCAAACAGUCGAUUCUAUCCCUUUAUGCUUCUGCGCCUCCCAAACCUCAAGAGCAGCCUCAACAUGAACGAAACUCGUCAUUCAGCUCGUUUUCAUCCCCGCCUCAGCAGGCCUCCAAACCAGACGCCUUUGGUGGCCUUAGUGAUGCCUUCAGUGGGCUUAGUUUCCCUUCCACCACCUCCCCUCCUGUACCGAGACAGCAGUCCACCUUUUCUGCAUUUGACAGCCUCACCAGCUCCAAGUCUUCCCCUGCAGCUCCAAAGGUAACCUCGCCGUCGAUGUCGAGCGGUGGUGGCUUCUUUAACGAUGCUCCAGCUCAGCCAAACCCAAAGCCACGCCAGGUCGCAUCACCCCCUCUUUCCAAUUUUGAUCUGAUGGGGUCAACAACAGCGUCGAAAAAGGCGCCCGCAGCACCACCCAGCGCAUCUAAUGAUAUGUUUGACCUUUUCUCCUCUCCAGUACCACAAUCAACCACCGCUACGACAACGACAGCCACUACCACUUCGCCCCCGCUGACCUCCCCUAGCCACACUUCUGUCUUUAAUCUCUCUUCACCACCACAGCAAUCAACCGUAAAAUCUCCUCCCGCAAGCACCGUUAGCCCAUCAAACGCAUUUUCCGCCAGCACAAUGGACCCCUGGGGCGGAAACGCAUGGAGCAUGGCCGAACCAUCACCCCCUGCAGCCGCUACUUCAAAAGCUACAUCUGCCAUGAAAGUUCCAGAUACCCUAACUGCGAACGACAUAGGUAGCGGUUGGGGAGCGCCAUCUCCCGCUACCACUAAGCCAGCUCCGGCAGUUGCUGCUGAUGAAGAUUUUGGCGGAUGGGCUGACCCAACCCCAGCCCCAGUAAAGAAUGGAAAUAGCACUUCUAGCAAGGGAAAAUCUAGCGGUUUUGGAGGUGGUGAUGACCUAUUUGCAAAUGUUUGGGAGUGA